AUGCACUCCUCCGGUGCCGUCCAAUUGCCACAAUGCUGCGACAUCACCUCCGCCGCGCCUUCGGACUUCAGAAGCCUCGGUGUGCCCACCUGUCGACGUCGGUAUCUCCCAAGGAGUACGAUCUCAUUGUCAUCGGAAGCGGGCCUUCUGGACUGCAAUGUGCGCUCGAGUCGGCCAAAAUGGGCAAGUCCGUGGCGAUCAUCGACAAGUCCGAAGAGAUCGGUGGUGUCUGCGUGCACACGGGGACAAUUCCGUCCAAAACGUUUCGCGAAGCAGUGCUUCACUUGUCUGGAUUCAACCACCACGGAUUCUACGGCAAGUCCUACUCCCGCGAGCGCAUUACGUUGAGCGACAUUCUGCACCGCGUGAAUGUGGUCGUGUCGUCUGAAAUGGACGUCAUCCGAGCCCAGCUCAAAGCAGCGCACGUCCAGAUCAUUCCCGGCAAGGCGCGCUUUGAAAAUGCCAACGAAGUGUCGGUCGAAAACGGCACCGUCCACCGUGAAGCCAUGAUCUACCGCGGCAAGAAGUUCCUUAUCGCAUGUGGCACGUACCCGGCGCACUCUCCCGUGGUGCCCGUGGACGGCGAGGUCAUCUUGGACAGCGACGGCAUCCUGGAAGCGUCCAAAGGCGAGCUUCCCAAGUCGUGGAUCGUGGUCGGCGCGGGCGUCAUCGGAAUGGAGUACGCGUCCAUGCUCAAUGUGCUGCCGGGGGUGGCCGUGACGGUGGUCGAUGGGCGACCAGACAUCUUGACGUUUUGCGACGACGAGAUUGUGAGCGCGUUGAAGAUGGAGAUGAGGCACAAAGGGGCGCGGUUCCUCCUCGGUGAAACCAUUCAAUCUGUCACUCGGGUGGCCAAAGGCGUGCGAGUGGACUUUGCCAGUGGCAAGUCGAGCUUUGCUGAAGCGUUGCUUUACUGCGUCGGCCGUCAGGCCAACACGGACGCACUCAACUUGGAAGGCGUGGGCUUGGCCAAAAACAAACGGGGUCUCCUGACCGUGAACAAGCAGUACCAGACCAGCCAGCCCCACAUUUAUGCGGCGGGAGAUUGCAUUGGCGCACCGUCGCUCGCGUCGACGAGUUUAGAGCAAGGGCGGCUGGCUGCGUGUGAUAUGUGGCAUCACGAAGACCAGCCGACGAGCCAGUUGGACUCUGGCAAUUACCCGUACGGCAUUUACACGAUUCCAGAGAUCUCCAUGGUGGGCAAGACCGAGCAGCAGUUGACCAAGGAAGGCCGGAAUUACGCUGUUGGCAUGGCCAAGUACUCGGAGUUGGCCAAAGGCAUGAUGGCGGGUGGCCAGAAGGGCGCGCUCAAGAUCCUCUUUGACCCGGAUACCCAAAGCGUAAGCUACCGAACCUCUCGACGACGUUCUCACUUCGCGUGCAGGUGCUCGGCGUGCAUGCGAUCGGGCAAGGCGCGACGGAAAUCAUUCAUAUUGGCCAAGUCGCGAUGGCCAUGAACUGCAAGAUCACGUACUUUCGAGACGCUGUGUUCAACUACCCGACGCUGGCCGAGGCGUACCGUGUGGCGGCGUUGAAUGGGCUCGGUCGGCUGACCAAGGAAUUGUAAACAACGGCACCCAUACUGUAGUCGUCAGUUGAGAUAGAAAAGUGCUUUGCGAGUUAGUUGGCAGAACAUACAUCAAUGACAUAUGCUCAUGGAACCAACCUUAC